AUGUCUUCGGAACCUCACGCUUCUCAGGAAAACAUUGAAAAUGAAGAUCAACUCAAUGAAAAGACUGAAAAUUCAGGAGGUCCAGAAGAGAUAAACGAACUAAAAGAAGAUCAAGAAAAUGUUGAACCCAAUACUGAUGCAGAGAUUCCAGAAGCGUUAAAUGAAUUAAAAGAAGACCAAGAAAAUGUUGAACCCAAUACUGAUCCAGAGAUUCCAGAAGAGAUAAACGAAAUAAAAGAAAAUCAAGAUAAUGAUGAAAUUAAUGGCGAGUCACCUGGAAAGGAAAUCCCAGAGGAUAUAGGAGAGCACAGCGGUAACGAUGGAAAUGAAGAAAAUGAUGACGAUGAGAUGCCUAUGACUAGCAGUAGACAUUCUGGCACUAAACGAAGUUCUGAUAAAAGUCCCACUGGUGUGACUCAACUGGAAGAUCUCGAGUCGCAUUUGAAGUCAGCAAUUGACCAGUUAACAAACCUGCCUGUGGUUGAUUUCUUGCAAAAUAUUAGUAAACAGGCCAAUAUCCACGCACAAUCCGUCCAAGCAGCCAGAGAAAUUGCCAGGGAUUUUGUUUCUAAAACGACGGAUUUAGCUGAAUCGAUGAAAAUGAUUCUUUCGUAUGACCAAAUGAUGCUUGACAAACUUAACCACACAACAGCCCAUGAUUUUGGAGUUAAACCUAAGACUGACGAAGAAACUCGGGCGGUGAUGAUUGAUCGGGCACAAAAGAUUUUGGAUCUCGGCCAAUCAGAGUACGAAGUGAGUCAUCAUAUCAGCGUUACAGCGAAUCCAUUGAGAGAUUAUCGAUUUAACGCUUGUGAUGAAGUGAACGCAAUAGAUAACAAGUUACAGAGCAUUAAGGACAUAAAGCCAGGCAAGAAAGAAACUCCUCAGGUAAAGGAAAUCAACGAAGGCGAAGAAAGUCGCGCAGAACAUUCUGAGAAUGAAAACAAAGAAGAACCAGCUGGCCAGCAAGGACCGGAAAAUGAACAAGAAAAUUUAGUUGAAUUUAAUGACGGAAAUUAA